CGGGAUUAGGUCAUAGGUAUUGACGGCAGCUCUUGGAGCCGCAUUUAUGGAUUUGUGGAUUACCUAAUAUGUGGCACUCAACUAAGUUUCGUCAUCAACGGAAUUAGGAAUUUUCGAAAUCCUAACGCCGUUCUUCUUUCUCCCUCAUUUCAUUUUGAACUUCGCUGUUGUUACAAUUUCUUGCUUUAUACUCCGUAUAUUGCCCAGAUAAACUACUUUUAAUACGCUAUUUCUGAAACCCGUCGACGGAAAUCGCUUUCGUCUAUUCCGGCACGCCUGCAUCUCCACCACUUCCGAUCGGUUUCUUAUACGCGGAAUACUUAAUAACUAGCCGCUAACGUUACACUUGGCAUACAUGCCCAGAUGGAUCUCGCCUCAACUGGCUCGAGAGAAGCUGUGGCUUUAUUAUCCAGCACUCGCAAAUCGGUUCCCUAUGGCCAAGCAUGUACCAAUUGUUCUAAGGCCAAGUGCAAGUGUAUCAGCCGCGGUAGUCCCGGUUCAACUUGCGAGCGGUGCCAGCGUCUAGGUAAAGAAUGUGUUCCGUCUGUCAGCGUUCGGAAACGUGCGGCAAGGCGUCCCGCCUCCGAGAGAGCUGCUCAUCUUGAAGAGAAACUCGAUGAUUUGGUUUCGAUACUCCGGGCCCAGGCCGCUGUUAACCCCCCGGCGGUGGGUACUUAUAGGCCUGUUACCAACGGCGAACUACCUAGCGCGAGCCCUAGCGUCGAUGCCAAUGCCGGUUCCAUGGACUUGGACCCGUCUAUAGGGGUUGUGCAGGGUGGUAAUGAUUUGGCUGCUACUAGCCAUGCCUUACCACUGCCGUCAACCGUUGAUGCUUCUUCUUAUUGCGACAGAUAUCCCUCUGCAACCUCAUAUCCCACCCCGCCUUCUGUCACCUCUUCUCACGAUGGAAGUCUCUCGCCUGCUGAGGCUGAAGAUACCUUACGGAUGUUUAAAGACCUGUUUCUCCCCUUCUUCCCGUUUGUGUAUAUACCACCAGACACUACGGCUGCGCAAUUGCAGCAGGCGAAACCUUUCCUAUGGCUGAACAUAAUGACUAUCUGCUGUAAAUCACGGCCAAGAAAGUCAGCUCUCAGUCAAAAGAUCAGAGAGUAUAUAGCACAGAAGAUGUUAAUAGAUCUAGAUCGAAAUAUGGACUUGUUACUCGGGCUUCUUGCAUAUCUAGGUUGGGGCAUGCACCAUUUCAGUGGAAAGCCAUAUAUCGUCGCUUAUACGAACCUUGCUGUUACAAUAGUUACGGAUCUUCGUCUUGAUAAGCCAGCUCAAGAUAAUUUUUAUAAAGAUCUUCAUUGUUUCAAGCCUUCUUACCCAUACCCAAAGAUACCAAUCUCAUCUACUCGAACAAAUGAGGAGAGAAGGGCUACCUUAGCAUGCUUUACUCUUUGCUCUAGUAUUUCAAAUUUUUUGAGGACCCAGACAAUGCGUUGGACCGCUCACAUGGAGGAUUCUCUUCAAAAGCUUUCUGUGAACCCGGAAUGUGUAGGCGACGAAGCUCUCGUGGCGAUGGUAAGAACGUAUAAAAUACAAGAGGAUGUUGCGCAAAUAACCUGGCGUACCGCGGAACCUGCUGGAAAUUCGACAGGAAUAAGGGCGCCUCCUGCUAUUUACGUUAAAGCCUUGCGCGCCAAUUUGGAUGCGAUUAAGAAGGAUCUUCCGCCUACGCUCUUAGAUAAUAAAGUGGUUAAUUCGCAUUUAUAUGGAGCAGAGCUAUCUAUAGCGGAUAUGUCCCUCUGGAACGUGAACGCAUGGCUUUCAACACACCCACAUAAGCCGACUGGUGUGAGUGGAAGCGGGAGCGGAAGUAUUGAUCUGGGCAAGAUGGACGCAUACUAUGCUAGCCUCCAAGCGAGCAAGGCUUGCCUCGAAAAUUUCCUAAGAUUUGAAUUAGCCGAAUAUCCUGCCAUAUCCUUCUCGGUUACACUCCACUUCGGUAGGGCAGCGCAAACCCUCUAUCGGCUUAUGGUAGUAGAUGACCCAGAGUGGGAUCGCAGCAUUGUCAAGAAUACCAUCGACAUGAUGGCAGCUUUGGAGCAGAUCGCAAAUAAUUUUACGCAGGUAUCAAGCGUAUGUGGUUUAGAGAAUAGUGACGACCCGGAUAACAUGGAUUACUAUUGUCGGGCCGGUAUGGCGCUCCGAAGUACUAUUCCGGUUUGGAGCUCCGCGCUUGACCAGAUUAACCUCGGGGCGAGCGUUGGCACGGCGGUUUCGGAUGGGAUUGGGAUGGGAGCUGGUGCUGCAACGUCGUAUCAAGUCCAGGCGCAAGUCCUUCCGGAGUUGACGUCGUUAGAUUGGUUAGACGACCCGUGGUUAUCGGAUAUGUUGCGAUCUUGGGAAGGGAGCUAAUCAUGUCGUAUCUUAUGCGUUCAUAUAUGGAUUGGUCUGCAUUGCUACCGCGUAGCCGUUGUGUCAUUGUCAUAGCAUGGAAUACCCAAGUUCGGCGCCUGGGUCGGAUUUUUGGAAAGGCAGGGAGCAUAUAAUGUAUUACUUUUGCCUGUAACGUAUUUGAAUUAUCGGGAUUGAUCUAUCUUACUCACGGGGAGUUCACAGGUUUGGGGAGGUUAAUGGUGAUGGCAUCCUUAAAGGAACAUCGCCUACCAAUUGUAGCUCUGCGGAUAUCUCAAAAUAUAUACCUCAUGUAACGAAAAGACGCGAAGAAAAAAUAAUUGCAGGCACUUAUUCUUGCCAUACGAUAUCGUAUAGACGGACUAUUCAUCUCAUGACGUUGACCCGUUUGCUUUAAAUGUCCCAUUGAAGUUCUAGUCCCAGCCCCCCAUCGAGUCGUAGUUAAAUAGAAGAAAUACCUACCACAUGUAUAUAGUAGUAAGCCAAGCCUGCAGUCUACAUAGCUCGCAUUCCUGUUCGAGGAUCUAAAGCUUAUCUAGAUCCGUCCUACCUAUAUAACUUACCGCCAAAUAGCAACCGACCGGGACUCUUAAGCCAAGAUCUGCGUAGGUGACGUGCUGUGUUUUUGUAUAUGGAUGACUUACGCAGGAGUGCGUGAAACGAAACCCUGUCAUCGCCCAUAGUUCAAGCCAAUCCCAUCCCAUUCCCAUUCCCCAUGCCUUGAGCGACGUCAGAG